CCCCGCCCCGUUUGUUGUGGAAGCGGCAGACGGAGGGCAGCUGGGAGCCCUCUUCGUAUCCCCCUCAGUGGGGCAGCAGCCUCUUUUGACACUAGGGAAAAAAAGCCCUUGCAGAACAGCUUGAGUGUACAAGGUAAUGGGCUCGGAGAACAGCACUUUAAAGCGUGAUGCACUGGAAGAGCCACCAUUUACGUUGCCCUCCGGAGUCAACAUUUACCCAGCAGUGCUUCAGCGUGGCAAACUUGCUUCCGUGUUUGUGUACAAGAGUGAGAACGAAGACAACGUUAACAAAGCUGCCAAGCACCUGAAGACAUUACGCCACCCUUGCCUCCUGCGCUUCCUUUCUUGCACUGUGGAAAUCGAUGGAAUCCAUUUGGUUACAGACCGUGUGCAGCCAGUGGAGAAGGUCCUGGAGAACCUCUCUUCUUCCGAGAUAUGUGCUGGAAUCUAUGAUGUUUUGCAAGCUCUUGUCUUCCUCCAUGAUAGAGGAAACCUAACCCACAACAAUGUCUGCUUGUCAUCAGUGUUUGUGAGCGAGGAUGGGCAUUGGAAGCUAGGCGGCAUGGAAACGGUCUGCAACCAGAAUGAAGCUACGGCGGAGUUUCUACGUAGCAUUGAGUCAAUACGAGAGAAGACCGGCAUCCCACCUGAAGAGAUGCGUGCCGACUUCCAACUUCUUCCGGAAGGCCAGGGACAUGCCCGGGAUGCCUAUUCAUUUGGUGCAAUGGUUGAAAACUUGUUGACUUAUUUAAAUGAAGAGGUUUCAGAGGACGUUCUCUGCAGCUUUCAGCAUACCGUGCGCUCUGUGCUGCUAAAUCCAGAUCCAGCGUGCCGGGCUCCACUGUCUAGUUUCUUGUCCCAUGAAUUCUUCAGGAAUGAUUUUCUGGAAGUUGUGAGCUUUCUGAACACUUUAACAUUGAAAACAGAAGAGGAAAAAACUGAAUUUUUCAAAUUUCUGCUGGACAGAGUAGCUGGCUUGUCAGAGAAGCUGAUCGCUUUGCGGCUGGUCCCUCUCUUGCUCAAUCAGCUCGUCUUUGCUGAACCAGUCGCUGUCAAGAGCUUCCUUCCCCAUCUCCUGGGCCCAAGGACAGAUAAAGUAGGUGAAAAUCAAAUCAACGGCCUGCUGUCUCCAGCGGUGUUCCAGACACACGUCAGCCCAGUGCUGCUGAAGCUGUUUGAGGUGCAUGAGGAGCACGUGCGCAUAGUGUUGCUGUCUCACAUGGAUGCCUAUGCCGAGCUGUUCACUCAGAAAGAACUGAAAAACAUCAUAUUGCCACAGGUUUUACUGGGGCUGCGUGAUACCAGUGAUGCUCUCGUGGCUGUAACACUGCAGAGCUUAGGAGUGCUGGUCUCUCUGCUCGGACCUGAUGUUGUCAUAGGGGGUGACAGAACAAAGAUCUUUAAAAGUUCGGCACCGAGUUUCACCAAAACCGCAGACCUUUCUCCCGAAGAAUCUCCCACUCACAUAUUGAGCUGCCAGAGUAAGCUAACCUAUAAGCCCCUGCAGAAUAAUUCUUCAGGUGUACUCUUCAAGUGCCCCAACUCUGGAAAUGUGUCCUUCAGCAACAAGAACCAUGUGCCAAGGCAAGACUCUCAUGCGGCCUUAAAGAAAGGGGGACAAGACUCUUUGCUGUCUUUAAAUGGGAUUCCUGGUGGAUUGAAUGCAUUGAGGAGUGAUGGUAGCUGCUUGAUGGGAAAUGAGAAGACAACGGAGGAUUGGCCGGACUGGAGCGAGUGCGAGGAGCCAGAGACUGAGAAAAGCGCAACUAUCAAUGCUGAAAGGAAAGAGUUUUGUGCCAGCAGGAGUCCCUGUCCUGCCAACCAUCACGCAGAUGAGAAAACUUUGGCUGACGUGUCUUGUAACCCCACCUUCAAAAGCUCCUCAGGAAAUAGUGCCAGUGAUGUGGAGUCUGCGGACAUCACAGAGCCUCAGCUCCCCGCCCAUAUGCUGGAGCCCAAAAGAAAAUGUAGGACUCUGCCAUCAAAUUCCUCCUCAGGGCCCAAUAGCCACCAUGAUGGCUAUGGCCACAAGGACCUGCAGGAUGAAAUCUCCAAGCAGCCCAAGGCAUCGUAUCUGGAAAGGUCUCCAAAGCAGGAAUGUGGUUUAGGAGAGGAAUUCACGAUCCAAGUGAAGAAGAAAGAGUUGCCUGACCCUGAACUGGACUGGUUUGCUGACAUGGUGCCAGAUAUCAAACCUUCUUCAGCACUCCUGAUUCUGCCAGAGCUGGGGCCCUACCCUGUUGCUCAGAGCACCUUAGAUGCAGCUUCCGGCAGUGUGGGUGAUGCUCAGAAGGUGCAGUUCUCUUCCAAAUUUGCAGCUGUUGCUGUUACAGAGGUGGAUGAUGUUGGCUGGGAAGAAGAGGAGGAGCUGAAGUGGGAAGAGGAGACCAGCUGGUGAUACAAGAUCUUUGCUUAUGCUGGCAUGAGCUGCUUCUGUUGUGUUCUGGACAAUUUUUACUCCAGAAGUAGCAAAGGACUUGGGAGUAUUUUCCCAGUUGGAAUGAGUAUUUACUUUUCUGACUUGCAAGGAAGGCCUGCUGCCCUCAGUGCAAGAAAAAAAAACAGCUCUUGGACUGAGGUGAUGCAUUGAAGAUUGACAGUUUUAUCUCUUUGGAACAGUUGUUUGUGAAGAACACUAGGAAAAAUAAAUGAAUAGUUCAUUA